AUGCGGAAGUCCCGUUCCAUGAUGGACUACAGCGGGAAGAAAAACGAAAGGCGCCCCAAGGCCAAGAACGAAAACCGCAGCCGCAAAUCUCCCGCUCGCUACGACAACAGGCAAGAUUAUGACGAGACCUACCAGAAGCCGACAGCCAGACGAAAGAAGUCCAAAAGCUCAAGGGUGGCCAUCACUGAUUCGCCCACUUUUUCCAAAAGCUCCGAGAGUCCGACGAACCGUCACGAAGGCUCAGCUGUAGUGACGAGCGGUGACGAGUCGUCUUCGCUGCCCAAGGAACUCAACUACGAAUACUUCGAGAAGCUCGGCAGCAACUUGUGCCGAGCGGGGGAGCUCCUUGACGAACACGAGCGGGGCAUCGUCUGGCAGGCGGCCGACGUCAUCACGUGCAUACCGGAAUACUGCCCACCACGAUGCUACAUGACCAAGCUGUGCCGCUGCAACACGUGCUGCGAGCGCUGCUGCGUAGACCCCGAGCACCGGCUGACGGGCUUCCACUCCAACGUAAAGGACGAGGCCACGGACGUGCCAGACGAAGAAGGGCUCACGCUGAGCGGAUCCAGCGACACGUCCGUCGCGUCCCUGCUGGGCGACGUGAGCAGCGAAGAGGGCAAGUCGAGGGGCAGCACGCGUUUGGCGAUCGCCGCUCGCGAUGCUAAGCGGGCAGUGCGCCUCGCGAAACAGUUCCGCGCGGCCGCCCGCACUAUCGACUCGCUUGAGUGCAGCAACGAGUCCGAGCACCGAAUGCGCGCUUUGUACACCAAGGAGCUGAUGGACAAGGCGGUGUUCUACGCCAAGAAGGCGAACGAAGCUCUCGCGGGCUACGCUGCUCUCAGGAGAGCCCUGCGUGGGAUUCCUGAUGCCACUAGCGGGGACGAGUCCACGCGAUUCGACGCGCUUCAGGGGGAGCAGACUCCGUACAGGCCAGCGCCCUAUCCAGCACAAGGGUACGGAUCGGCGAUGGAGUUUGCGAUGAGGUAUCCGCAGCAGCCAAGCGCUCAAUCACCAUUUGGUCAAGGCGUGCGAGGUACAGUCGGUCAGGGUUACCGCUUCGGCGGACCUCGUGGUGUACAAGGGCCCCUCGACGCGCAGCGGUUGCGAUGGGCGAGCGCUCCGGUCGUUGGACGUCCGCCAUCACAUCAGACUGCGUUAAGCCUCUCCAGGUUGUCUGACAUAGUUAUGAGCAAGGCGCAGCAGGCUUCUGAAGAUGCGCUAAGGUUGCAGAGAAUUUCCAACGAAACGCUGACAGAAGCGCGGGUCCUCGAAGGAGUCAGUAACGACAGAUUACCGCCUUUCGAGCUGAAAGGCGCUCGAAGCAGCUACUGGCUGCCUGCUGCUGUUCCAGAACCAGACCAAAGGUACGUCCAAGACAGGGCGGCCGAUCUACGUCCCAGCGGGGCAGUUGCUUUUGACGAUACAAUGACCGAGUGCGCAAUCGGCAAAGAUGGGCAUAUGCUCCGCAUUCCCGAGCACACUAAAGCAGAUAGUGACCGCCAACCAGAACAGCUCAACGAUCAGAUGAUGAGAAUAUCCACCGAAGAGAAAAGGUCAGCUCGCAAGGACGGCAAGAGCGAUCUCAAAGUUGGCCUAACGGACAGAGGAGGACCGAAAGCAACGGGGCCGACUACUACGCCUCCUCCAAACCGAGUCGCCAGAAGGGCGAGCGUAUCGGCUGCGGUUGCGUCGCAGAUGCAGCAACGUGCGGCUAUUGAGCUUGCUCAAGGAAAGUCGGCGAAGGCUUCGAGAAGAAGAGCCAGCGUAUCUUCUAUACAGCAGGAACUCUCGGAUACCGCACAGUCGCCUCAGCCGCGCAAGACGAAGUCACUGGCUGCAAGGAGGGCGAGCGUCGGUGCCGGCCUUCUUCUCAAGCUUGGGGCGCACAUGAAAGACGGCGCAGAUGAUUUGUCCCCGGACACAGAGCCUGCUGCUUCACCAGACUCUACUAAUUUUAAAGCUAGAGCGACGCGAAGAGCUAGCGUUUCGUCUAAAGCGUACUCGGCGCAUCCACUCAAUGAAGACGCGGACUCAUUCAAGGCUAGAGCAACGCGAAGGGCAAGUGUAUCAUCAAAAGGACUACCCACAUCACCGGACCGAAUCACCGCUGACCACGAUUCCCUCAAAGCCAGAUCCUUGAGGAGAGCUAGUGUUUCGUCAAAGACCAUCUCGCCGUCCGAGGCAAACACGCGCAACGAGCAAUACCACUUCCAGACCAAAGCUCUUCGCAGGCUCAGAGACAGCCUGAAAUCAAGCGCAGCGCGGGCAGGCGCGGAUGAAACGAGGGACAAGAAGCGAGGUCGUAUCGUUGUAAAGAUAAAGCCACCGCCCGUCCUCAUGAGUUCGAAAAAAGUUGGCACACGCCACACUGACAAAGAUAAAGACCUCGUGAGCGAAAUAUGCGACGAGUGCCUCCUUAACAAAUGCGGAUCGCAACCCACAGAUCCGAGAGAUAUACAGAAAAUAAUUGACGAAGGUGUCGGCGCGCCGAAGUACACGAAGGACAUGGAUAGCACCCAGGCAAGCUCUCCUCGCAUUCCGGAAAUAGUCUACGAGCUUUCCGAGCAGUCCCUCGACAUUGAUGUAAUACCGAGUGAGAGGUGCAAAGAAGCUCAAACUUCGUUACCUUUCGACCUUGCCUCAUCCAAGGAGCAUCAUUGGGGUCGCGCUGUUACAUCUACCAACAGCAACGCGACCAAAGAGGCACCUGGGAACAAGAAUCGUCCUUCAGCGAAAUCGGCCUCUAGACACCAAAAGAACAUCGGGAGGACAUCCCUGGAGAAGCAAGCCAGACCCGACUCCCACGGAGGAGACGCCCAUGCCCACCUGAAGGUGCUGCCUUCGGAUACAUAUGUAUUCACGUCGACCACGGUGGCUAUUGCUGGAGGAGACACGACAAACCCAAAAGCGGCGAAAGCCAGUGUGGAAGGCGCGAAGAAAAAGCCCAAGGAAUCGGACGCCGCAGGAAGUGCUAAAAAAUCCUCCAGACAUUCCAACGAAAGCCCGAAGCGCGAAUCCGGCGCGAAAAAGCAUUCCACGAGUUCUAAAGAAAGCCUGAAGCACAAAUCCGGUGCUGAAAAGCCUUCCAGGCCUUCUAACGAGAGCUUGAGGCAUGAAGCCGGCAAAGAAAGUACGAGUAGCGAAUCUGGAGCUAGAAAUCAUUCUAAAGAAAGCCUGGAGGGUGGAACUGGUGCUGAAAAGCCUUCGAGACCUUCUAAUGGGAGUAUGAAGCGGGAAGCCGGCAACGAUAGUCUGAAGCAUGACUCCAAAGCUAGAAAGCAUUCUACGCAUUCUAAAGAAAGUGUGAAGGGUGAAACUCGUGCUGAAAGACCUUUGGGACCUUCUAACGAGAGCUUGAAGCGCGAAGCCGGCGCUACGAACAAGCGUAGAUCCUCGUUGAAGUCGACAAAAGGAUCUUCGUAUAGCCACAACGAGAAAUCGAAACACGAAAAGGUUCUACCGACACGCGUCGAAAAAGGAGCGGGUGAACGCGACGAGAAGCUAAGUGAACGCGACACCACCGGAAAACCGGAAAACAGGGCCGAUAAGAAAGCCGACGAAGGAAAGCGCAAGGCAUUGAAGGGCAUGAGGAUUUCUGACGAACAUGUCAAGGACCGCAAGGCGUCCGUGGGAAAAGGUGAAGAUGACAAUGGUUCGAAGAACGUGAAAACUAUUGACGAAGGCAUCAAGAGGCGUAAUGCGUCCGUGAAGAAAGGCGAAGAUGAAUCCGGCAAGGCUCUCGAUAAGCAAACAGAAAGCGGAAGCAAACGCGAGGGCAAAGAGAAGGUGCGAGGAAGUGGCACCGAGCAAGCUGCUGAAGAAAUCCGUGACAAAACUGACAAAACGGGUGGCAAAGAGAUUAGGGACAGUGACGACGAGACGCCACAACCAACGACAACUGACGGCGCCCGCCCGAAGAAUGGCGAUAAAUCAGGCGAAAAGAGGCCGAGCGCUGGGUACCUUAAAGAUGCGAAGAAGACUGCAGGAAAGCAGCAACCAUCAAAGGUCGUUGAAAGUGUAGAUGCUACCAAGGCGGCUAGUCAACCACAUGAUGGGGGCAGCAAUGCACCUUUGGAGACUCAAGCGGAAAGCAACGCGCCUUCAGGCUUUCUCAGUAACAUUGGUGGUCUUGCAAGCUGGUACAGCGCAGCUGGCGAAAAGGGGCGCGCAGAGGACACAACCAGAAAACAUACAACGAAAGCUGAUACUCCCCGGGUACUGGCAACGAACACUCACAAAGUGGCAACCAACUUCGACGCAGAUCAACAGACAGAAAUACCCGUCACUGUCGAUGUUGCAGACAGCAGUGCUGAGCCUCCCCAGAAAAUCUUAAGAAGCACAAAUGAAAAACGUGAAUCGACAGCCGCCGCCCAAGAUGACGCUGACUUCGUGAAUGACAGGUACAAGCAAGUCGCCGCCAGCUCUGCUUACUUUCCUGAGGGCGAAGAAAUUGAGAUAAGGCCUAUGGACGACGAUGGUAUCUACGACUAUCAGCAGCUUGCGUUUGCGGAUAGGCAAAACAUUAUUGGCUCCUCCUCUUCUGGCGUAGAUGUGGCAGGCAGCCAACGGGACGACGCGAGAGAAGUAGGCCAGAGAUCUGCCGAGCUUGUGCUGCCGAAAAAGCUCGCUUUUGGAGCAGUUGAUGACUGGACAGUGUUGUCGCCACUGGAAAAGUUCGCAGAACACAGUGACAGUGAUCAUGCUAUGGAUCGGUCAAGGCCAGAAAGAAGCGAAUACACAAUAACCAGUGAAGCCGCUAAAUUAGACCCGCGUAACGCACGUAUGUACGAAACCGAGCAAACGCGCGAGCUGCGCGAUGACAUCGCCGCGGAGGAGGAUCUGCAGCCAGAGGGGAAUUAUUCAUUAGAUCAGCAACAGGAAUGGGAACAACCGGAAGGCGAACUACCGUAUGGAGAACCACUGGAAAGGGAGCUACCAGAAGAGGAACUACCGGAAGGGGAGUCACCGCAAGAGGAAACACCACAACAGGACAUUUCAGAGCAGGAGGCACGAGUAGUCGAAAACGGCAUAGCUGUUAAUAUUCCUGAACUAGAAGACAUGGAAGGAGUCGAGCAACCACAAUAUCAGGGCAUCAAUGAGGUGAUUGAAUUGCACAACGUUGACUACGAGCUGCAAUCGAGGCCUCACGCGCCUCUGAGAGGGCCCGACUUACAGGACUUUAACUUCUGGGACCUGGACGGGCCCGCGGUCCUCUACCCGGAGAGCAGACUGGUAUUUGCACUAGCGUUAGUCGCCGGUAUGUGGAUUCUGUACAUCAUGUUUACGACCAAGGCCACCAUAAACAGAAAACCCUUCCUCGAACUGUUUACCGCGCUAGCUACGGAACACGAAAUUCCUCGCGGCCGUAUUAUGACCGAAACGUUUGCUGUGAAUCACUUGAAGACCAAAGAAACAGCCGGAACGGUGAUGGGAUCAGUCGUCUCCGCAAGGCCAUGGCUUCUAUACUUCUGCGACACGCCUUACUGCAAGGAAUCAGCCCUGCAAUUGGCCAAGAUGCUUGGGGAGGACCCAUGCUUUAAUUUCUACAGCUACACUUGCGGCAAGCUGACUCGAAAAUGGAACCCAAUGGUUGGCUCUGCACUCUCUACUGACGCCUUUAUAAUCAACGAAGCCGCCAAGCUCGCUGCCGGUCAUAUCUUGAACAGGGAACACCCAGGCAUGAAGGCGGCCCGAAACCUUUUAGAAGCGUGCCUCGACCACGAGAAUGACGGACAAUGGAGUCGAACAGAACUGAGCGAGUUGUUUUUCGAGUAUUUCGGUUCCUCGUGGCCAGCAGAGAACAAUCCCUUGACCAUGGAAGCCGUGUGGGUCAUCGCUGGGCGCCUGGCACGAGACUUGAAACUGGAAGCUCUCGCACGCGUGUCUGUUGGCAUUCACCCAGAAGAAAAUUCUGCUUCCGUGCCAACCAUAGGUGAGCCGGUCCUGCUUUACCAACGUGCCGACUUCGAAGAGCCCGGGUAUACGGAGAUUCUGGAAACCGCCAUCGGACAGACAGUGACGUUCAUCAGUCCAGCCUCCAACGGCGCGCAACACGUGUCGAGCAUCAAGACGACGAUGGAACUGCUGGCUGAUAUGGUUGCGACCUACCCUGCCAGCUAUGUCGGUGCGAAAGAGCACCGGAUGACCAAGGUCCGCGUCCUCUCGCCUGGCGUGCGCGCUUUCCUGCGCACGGUUUUCCCCGACUCCGUAAAAGUCGCUGAAAACGCCGAUAUCUUGAUCAAGUCGCCGCGAUUCUUUGAAAAACUGCAAGGGUCAAGAAGUACCCUGCUCGAUCCUCAGGCCGUAUUCAACUACGUGGGAUUCAGAGUCAUGGUCCACUUCGCCGCGUUUCUGCCGCAGCCGAGCGUUCGACAUCUGCGCGCCUUGGAAGCCAAUUUCCUGCUUCCCGAGAACGCCUCUGCCCAAGACUUCUGCACGCGCGAGGUCGAGCGCGUUUUCCCGGCUAUCUACGCGCGCGCUUUCGCGCUGCAGACGGCAAACUUAAGCACCUGGGUAAACGAGUGGCCAUCGCAACUGAAGAGAAUAUUUUUACAAGGGCUGGGGUUCAGAACGACUCGGAUUCGUGCGCCGCAGGCUGCGCCCACGUCAGAUCAAGAUAACGAUGCCGGGUUCACCAGGCGCAGAUUGGAUAGCCUGAAGGUCGAAGCUGCUGUUCCACUGUGGAUUGUAAACGACUCCAGCUUCGGCCAGUACACUCAAGAGCUGGAGCGGCAGCUCAGCGUCACCCUCAACGUAGAUCCGAGUAACUCGCUCAAACGUCUUUGCUUCUUCGCCAAAAUGCUGCGAGAGAAUGAAAUUCAGCAGGCGCUCCUAGGCACAUCAGCGAACCAAACAGCGAUGUCCUUGUUCGGCACCGAGGCCAGAUACGACGCACGGAACAGCGCAAUCUACAUGCCGCUGGUAACCGUCAACUGGUCCGUGCCUGCCAGCAGCGUCGCCUUUGCCAUACAUGCAGCUCGUUACGCCGUGCGAGUCUUUAGAGCACUAGGGCUGGCGCUCCGCCUAGGCUAUGCGCACGCUUCCGAGCAGCGUGCUGGCUCUGACAUCUAUAGUAAGCGCUACCAGGGGCAACUGAACAUCACAACGCGGUGUCUGGUGGAACAGUACGAGAAUGCCAGCAGGAGCCUCAAGAGCGCGUUCCUCCAAAAGACGGCCGACCGUACGCCACUGGGUGCCGCCCUCUUGGACCAGACUGAUGCCCUCGUGCAAGCAUAUGCAGUCUUCAAGGAAGAGCUAAGCGCACGACGCUUUGGCCAUUCCAACUUCCGGAUGGUGGGUUUGCCGCAUCUCACGCCCGAACAACUCUUCUUCGUGGCAUAUGGGCAUGACAACUGCGAGGCUAGCGACACAGUCCACCGCAGGCGCCGGUGGCUGGAAAGUGGCGAACUGCCACCAGAGGACCGUGUCAACAUCCCCUUGAUGCAGUUCGAAGAGUUCACACGUGCCUUUGCCUGCAACAGCACGGCGCCCAUGACCGCCAACAGACGCUGUCCUAUGGUUCGCACAAGGACCUCCCAAGAUUAAUGGACAAAUUAAUGGACAAUAGCAAGGUCAUUCAUGUAUUAUAGUUCAAGCAUAUCGUGCAACCUCACCAGAGUCAAUUAUGCGGUGAACUUUCUGAACAAUAUAUGCCAGCACUUCUCAGUUAUGAGAAUAUAAAGAGCUGGUUCUCUUUAUACCUCAUGCAUGAUAAGCGACAUGCUGAACCACACAAGAGCGCAUCGCUGAUGGGGUCGCUAGACAAGGGGAUACUUAAAUGCAUUCUUUAUAAAAGUCUUCACAUACCCAUGUAACCAACAAAGCAUGCACAUUUGUAUUCUCCAUAGGAUGUAAAUAAGAACAGGAUAGGAAUGUUCAUAGGGCAGCAGCAAAGGUGCCUGUGUGUCAAUAUAGCCUAGCAUAACUAUAGUAUAUAUAGUUUUUAAGCUAGGU